AUGCCCAAAGACAUCACCUUCCUGGAUCUCAGCUUUGACUCCGAGCUGCCGAUCCCCGUCCGACCGAACAAGGACAUCGCCCAACCAAACCUGUCAAAGCUGGGCUCGCCGUAUCAGUGGUCCUCGUUCCAAAAGAGCUUCAUCACAUGGCUCUCCUGUAUCACCACCCUCUUUGCGUCGUUCGCAACUAGCUGCUACAGCCCCGGCGCGGAGCAGAUGUCGUCAGAAUGGGAGGUCAGUCGCGUUGCGGCCCUGCUAGGCAUCACGACGUUUUGCUGCGGGAUGGGCUUUGCGCCCAUGUUCCUGGUCCCCUUGUCUGAGAUUGUCGGGAGGAAGCCUGUGUUUGUGGGGACGGCGGUUAUGCUUGUUCUCUUUCAGGUUUGCUGUGCGGUUACGCGGUUAUAUUCAGGGAUGCUGGUUGCCAGGUUCUUUGCCGGAGUAGGCGGAUCAACAUUCACGACUAUGGUGGGAGGCAUCGUUGCAGAUAUGUACAAGUCGCGCGAGCGGAAUGCCCCAAUGGCUCUCUUCACCGGCUCUGCGCUCUUUGGGACCGGUCUUGGACCGCUUGUCUGCGGUUUCGUUGCCCAGUAUACGACGUGGCGGUGGAUCUUCUACAUGCAGAUUCUCAUUGACGGCAUCAUUGCGCUCGCUCUGCUCCUCUUCUUUCGCGAGACUCGCGGCGUCGUUAUCCUGGGCAAGCGAGCGAACACCCUGAACAGGUACUACGAGCGACUUGAAGAACACGGCUGUCCAGGCGUCCAGCUACCAUCAAACCAAGUCAACAACAAUUCCCCGGAGCAAGAAAAGGCCAACAUCCACCGCAUCCGCUUCAAAGUCGCCGAGCACGAAGAGCGCGCCCACCUAAGCACCACACUCCGCAUCUCCAUCUCUCGCCCCUUCAUCCUCCUCGUCUCCGAACCCGUCGUCUUCUUCUUCUCCCUCUGGUCCGCAUUCUCCUGGUCCGUGCUGUACAUCAACCUGUCCGCAAUCCCGCUAGUCUACCAGUCAACCUACGCCUUCAGCCUCGCACACUCAAACGCCAUCUUCACAGCAACCUGCGCCGCAAGUCUCCUCUCAACACUGCUCUCCAUAACGCAGAGCAAACUCGCCUCCCGCCACUGGAGGAACUGGAACACAUGCCCCGAGCACAGGCUGUACUUCGCGUGCGUCGAGAGCGUCCUCCUCCCCAUCGGCCUGUUUAUGUUCGGGUGGACGGCGCAGCCGGAUUUCCGUAUCCACUGGAUCGUACCGACUGUCGCGGUUGGACUUUCGACAAUGGGUAUCUUCUCGAUUUACCUCGCGGUGUUUAAUUACCUGGCGGAUACGUACGGCGGGUACGCGAGCUCUGCGCUGGCGGCGCAGAAUUUCUGUAGGAAUUUGAUGAAUGGGGUCUUUCCGUUGGUGAGUCGGCAGCUCUUCAAGAAUUUGGGGUUUGGACCCGCUGCGAGUCUUCUUGGGGGUGUUGCGGCCGGCUUGACGCUUGUGCCGUGGCUGCUGGUGCUUUUUGGGAGGAGGAUAAGGGGGAGGAGUCGGUUGGCGGGGGGAGUAUGA